AUGAAGAAUUUAUUUUUAAAGUUUACUGGUAAAGAUGGUAAAGAUGGAGGUGAAGGAGGAGGAGAAGGAGGUGAAGGUCCUUCCAACAACAAUAAUAAUAAUAAUAAUGUUGAGAAUAACAAACAAAAUAAUGAUAGUGCAGAAGAAAUGAGAAGAAAAAGAUUAGAAAGAUUAGAAAUGCAACUUGAUGAUCAACAACAACAAGAAGAAGAACAAAAGAGACAACAACAAUUAUUACAAGAAGAAGAACAAAAAAGAAAAAGACAAGUAAUUCAACAACAACAAGAACAAUAUCAAUUACAAUUACUUAAACAAAAACAAGAAGAAGAGAAAAGAAAAAAGGAAGAUGAAGAAAAGAAGAAAUUGCAACAACCAAGAUCACCACCCCUCGUUUCAUCAAGCUACGAUAGAAUUAGAAGUGGUGCUGUCAUUCCAAUGAAUGAAAUGGAUUAUUUCAUUCUUGAAAAGAUCUUUUUAAUCUAUUUCAAUCAAACAAGUCUUAAAAAUGAAGUUUAUCUUGAAUCUUUGACAAAUGAAUUAAUUAAAGAAGUUGCAGGAAAGAAUAUAUUAAAAUUGGAUGAAGAUUUAAUGGAUAGAAUAUUGGUUGAAAGAUUAUCAUAUGGACAAGUUAGAAUACCAUUGGUAGAUUAUUUAAUUGGAUGUUUUAAUAGAUUACAAGAAGUAAAGAGAAAGGUUGGAACCAAACAAGUGAUUGUUACCAAUGCCAAAUUAUUAAAUGAUCUAUCAAACCUUAUCAUUCGUUAUUUUGGUGUGGUCAUUUCCAUUCCAGACAUGUUCCCAAACACCUCUUCUCAACUUUAUGGUCAAGGUAUUGGUCAACUUUUACCAUUUUUAAAAGGUGAAAUGAUUGAUGAAUUAUCUUUUGAAUUUUUACAAUUAUUUAUUUCUCAAGUUGAUGAUAAGAAAUCAUUAUUUGAACCAUUAUUUUUACAAUUAACAGGACAAAUGGGACAAAUUACAUUAUUGGGUAAUUAUAUGGCAAUAUUUAAAGCAUUUUCAAGUUUAAUUCAAUUUAAAGAAUUAUCUGAUAUCUUUAUUUCAAUGCCAGCAUUUAAUCCAAAACAAUUAAAUGGUGCUCAAUUUGAAAGAUUCUCUUUACUUGGUCCUUAUUUUUCUCUUAGUGCUGCUUCUAAAUCGAGAGAUAUAGCUGAUCAAUAUUUUAAAAAUGCAUCAGAAAUGACAAAUCAAAAUAUUCAUGAAGCAUUUGAAAAUAUUAGAAUUUUAACCAAAGGAUAUCAUAAUUAUUUACAUCAAUUGGUUAGAACAUUCCUAAAGGUUAGUCCAGAAAACAAGGAAGCAUUUUUAGUUUGGAUAUGUUCAGUUUUGGAUCACAAUGCCAAUCGUACCAAACUACGUUAUGAUCCAGCCACUGUAGCAACAAGUGGUUUUUGUAUGAACCUUUGUGCAGUCAUGACAUUAUUGUGUGAAUCAUUUAUCGAUGCCUCGUUUUCAAAAACCACCAUGGUUGAUACCAACUUUUUACUCAAUAGUUCUCGUCACGAUAUCUCUCAAGAUACUAGAUUGGCUGCCAAUGUUGAAAAUAUUCAAGAAUGGAACAAAGAUAUUCAUCCAAUUGUACCAGUCAAUUUUAUUACUGAAUGUUUCUUUGUUACUCUUAGAUGUAUUCAUAUUGGUAUUAACCCUACUUUUGAACAAAUUGAUAAUGUUAGUAAUAGUUCUGAAAGAAUUUCUGCUGAACUUCGAGUUUUACAAUCAACUCAACCUCAAUGGUCAAUUACUCCACAAGCAAAUAUAAAUGAAGCAAGAUUAAAACAAUUAAAAGCACAAGUUGAUUCAUGUAAAACUUAUAUUUAUAUUCAUGUUUCACAAAUGUAUGAACCAAUGUUUGUAGGUAGAUUACAAAGUUUUCUAGCCUUUACAGUCAAUUGGUUGACCAGAGUAAUUAAUCCAACCAAUGCACCUGUACCACUUCCAACACCACCCAAUCGUCAAUUUGCUCUAUUGCCAGAAUAUUGUAUCGAAGAUAUUGUUCAAUUCUUUAGUCAUCUUACUCGUUUCUAUCCAGACAAGGUUGAAACUAAUCAACUAGGUCCAAUGGUUACAUUUUUUGUUACUCUUUUAGCUUCUCCAGAUUAUAUUAAUAAUCCUUAUUUAACUGCUAAAAUUAUUCAAAUAUUUGGAUCAUUUGUACCAAUUAAAGAACAAAGAGGAUAUCAAAAAGAUAUGACAGGAUUAUUUUCUUCAAGUGAAAUUGUAAAACAAAAUUUAAUACCAUCAUUGAUGAAAUUUUAUGUAGAUAUUGAAUCUACAGGAAGACAUAAUCAAUUUUAUGAAAAGUUUAGUUAUCGUUAUGAUAGUGCACGUAUCAUGACGUAUCUAUGGGAAUCGAAUCUUUAUUUCCAACAAAGAAUUAUUAUGGAAUGUCGUCGUCCAGAAUCCUUUUUACGUUUUAUCAACAUGGUCAUCAAUGACAGUAUCUUUUUAUUGGAUGAUGCUUUGGAGAAAUUAAAAGAUAUCAAGGGAAUGCAAGCUCAACAAGAAGCUGGUGAAUGGGAACAAAAACCAGAAGAUCAACGUAGAGAAUUAUUGGAAACGUAUGAACGUUAUCAAUCGAUUGCUCGUAAUUCAUUGUCGUUGGCCGAUCAAAACUUUAAAAUGAUGCAAUUAAUUUCUGUAAAGGAAUUGACACCAUUUAUGCAAAGUGGUAUUGUAGAUCGUUUGGCUGAAAUGUUGAAUAGUUAUCUUGUCAAGUUGCUUGGACCCAAGUGUAUGGAAUUAAGAGUUCGUGACCCAGAACGUUACAACUUUAAUCCACGUCAUUUAUUGGUUCAACUCACCGAUAUCUAUUGUAACCUUUCUGUUGAUGAAAAGUUUUUAGACUCUAUUGUUCGUGAUGAGCGUUCUUUUAAAAUUGGUAUCUUUGAACAAGUUGAAAAGAUUUUGGCUCGUGAACAAUUAAAAAGUCUUGAAGAUAUUGAAAGAUUCCAUAACCUAAUCGUUAAAUUGGUUCAAGUCAGUCAACAAAAUAAUUUAUUGGAAGAAGAUCUUGGUGAUAUUCCAGAUGACUAUUUGGAUCCACUCCUAAGUACCCUCAUGACUGAUCCAGUUAUUUUACCUAGUAGUAAAAUUACUCUUGAUCGUCAAACCAUUCAACGUCAUUUAUUAUCUGAUCAAACUGAUCCUUUUAAUCGUUCAAAAUUAACUGAAGAUAUGUUAAUUCCAAAUAUUGAAUUAAAAAAUCAAAUCAAUCAAUGGUUAUCUGAUAAAAAAAAUAAUAAAUAA